UGAGGGUGGUGGCAGAGAGGGAGAGCAGUGUGGAGGGGUGGCAGACACCAGAUCAGCCAGGGCCUUGAGUGCCAGGCUCAGGAGCUGUCAGCCUAAGGCCAGUGGGGGCCAUGGAAGGAUUUUGAACUCCAUAGUACGUGGUCAGAUUUGUUGUUUAGGAAGACCUGUAACUGCAGUGUGAAAGGUGGACAGGCGGGGCAGGGGUGGAGGCAAGGAGACCGGUAAGUAGGUUAGUGCAAUGGUCUAGAGGAGAAACACAGGCCUGAAGCCAUGGGGUAGGCAAGAGGGCCACGUCUAAGCCACCGCGUUGGUCCAACUGACAGCGCUCAACCAAGGUUGGAGCAGAGGAGGCAGCCUGUGGAAGGCUCGGCCUGGCUGACUUCCUGUGACCCAGAGCCCAAGCUGUCUCAACCUCCCUGUCACAGGAGCCCACGGCACUGCCUGCCCUGAGAAAUGCUGGAAGCUGGGCGAGGCCCCAGGCCGGGGGACCUGUUUUUCCUGUUUCCCACAGAGUUCCCUGCAGCUUGGUCCAGGCGUGUACAUUCAUGAGUGAGGAACUUGAGCCUGUGCUGAGCAUCCUGACAGCGAGAGCAGGCAUCAGUCAGGGCGAUGGCCACAGGCCCGGACCUCUGGAACGGCACCAUCAAUGGCACCUUGGAUGGGAGUGGGCUGGACUACAAGUGCCGCUUCAAUGAGGACUUCAAGUACGUGCUGCUGCCCGUGUCCUAUGGCGUGGUGUGCGUGCUCGGGCUGUGUCUGAACGCCGUGGCGCUCUACAUCUUCCUGUGCCGCCUCAAGACCUGGAACGCCUCCACCACGUACAUGUUCCACCUGGCCGUGUCGGAUGCGCUGUAUGCGGCCUCCCUGCCCCUGCUGGUCUAUUACUACUCCCACGGCGACCACUGGCCCUUCAGCACAGUGCUCUGCAAGCUGGUGCGCUUCCUCUUCUACACCAACCUUUACUGCAGCAUCCUCUUCCUCACAUGCAUCAGCGUGCACCGAUGCCUGGGUGUCUUGCGUCCACUGCGCUCGCUGCGCUGGGGCCGGGCCCACUAUGCCCGCAGGGUGGUGGUCGUCGUGUGGGUGCUGGUGCUGACCUGCCAGGCCCCCGUGCUUUACUUCGUCACCACCAGAGCACGUGGUGGCAGCAUUACCUGCCACGACACCUCGGCACCCGAGCUCUUCGGCCACUUCGUGGUCUACAGCUCCGUCAUGCUGAGCCUGCUCUUCGCGGUGCCCUUCGCCGUCAUCCUGGUCUGUUACGUGCUCAUGGCUCGGCGGCUGCUCCAGCCAGCCUACGGGACCUCGGGAGGCCUGCCACGGGCCAAACGCAAGUCGGUGCGCACCAUCGCAGUGGUGCUGGCUGUCUUUGCCCUCUGCUUCCUGCCUUUCCACGUCACCCGCACCCUCUACUACUCCUUCCGCUCGCUGGACCUCAACUGCCACACCCUGGACGCCAUCAACAUGGCUUACAAGAUCACCCGGCCGCUGGCCAGUGCCAACAGUUGCCUUGACCCUGUGCUCUACUUCCUGGCUGGGCAGAGGCUCGUACGAUUCGCUCGGGAUGCCAAGCCACCCACAGACCCCACCCCUACCACCCAGGCUCGCCGCAGGCUGGGCCUGCGCAGGUCCAACAGAACUGACAGCAAGAGGACAGAAGACUCAGCCAACAGUGAGAACACCAGGCAGACAGAGUCCACACUGUCUGGUGGUGAAAGCGCUAAGGACAUUCGGCUAUAGGACCUGAACCCAUCGGGCCUGUGCAAGUUUGUAUCGGGUGGGGCUGUAGACUUGUUCAAAUGGGACAGUCUCCCCAGCUGUAGACCAUCAGGGAAGUAGGCCGGAUGGUCAAGGGAACCAUGACCCCAGCGCUGUGUCAUUUGAUGGGGGCUCAGUUUGUUCUCUGUGGUCCAGAGAGCUCAGCAGUCCCUGUAUCCCCAGUCACCAUUUGUAUGUGCGAGUUGGGGAGUAAGGUCUUAAGAAAGGCAAGGGUUCAGGGCCAAUGCCGCCCCUGGCCUGACUCGCCCAUAAAUACCUGGCUGUGCCUGCCAAGGUACCUAGGCUGGGCUCUGCACUGAUCAAGCCAAGUGGAGAAACAGGCCCAGAGAGGAAAGUGACUUACCAAGGUCACACAGCAGACCCUGGGCCUGAGCUGCCUGGGAGGGGUGCAGUCUCAAGUUGGCCAGAGGACCCUGGUAAGGAGUCAGGGCUGAGCCCGAGGUUACCAUGAUGAGUCGGAGUGGUCCGAGUGCCACCGUGGGCUCAGCUCUGAGGAGUACCCUCAGUACAAGGGAUGAACAUCUGGGAACUGAUGUCAUAAACCCAUCUGGAGGCUGGGAGCCAGUUUGAGGCUGCGACUUGUACUAAAGGUGUUGUUACCUGA